UACAUUCUAGUUUCAGUGAGUUAAGGGACUAAAUCUUGAACAGAUACUAUCCUAUAGCUACUGAUCUGGCCUGUCAUAUAACAUUUUACCAUUUCCUUUUGGUUAGACAAAAACCUAUCACUCAUCACGCAUGCGCAGAGCACAUUGGAUGGCAAACUCGGCUGCUUCCCGUUUGCGGAUCAUCCUUGUUGCUGCUGCCGGUCUGGAUGGCACAGGUAUUGCAGUGCGCAUGCUCCGAGACCACAGGAGGCGCAGGGCUUCUUAAAGGAUCCGCAGCAAAUCUGUCACCCACAAAAAGAUGUCCCGAGGUAACCGGGAUCAAUAUGAACGAAGGUAUCACGUGACCGACACCCGGACCCACCCUAAAGGGUACACAGAGUACAAGGUGAAAGCUGAGUUUAUAUCAAAGAAGGACCCUCAGGAUGUCAAAGAGGUUGUCGUGUGGAAACGUUACAGUGACUUUAAAAAACUUCAUGGGGAACUCUUAUACACUCACAGAAAUCUUUUCCAGCGCACCCAGGAAUUCCCACCAUUUCCCCGUGCUCAGGUUUUUGGGCGUUUUGAAGCUCCAGUGAUUGAAGAAAGGAGGCAAGCCUCAGAGACUAUGUUAAAUUUUACCGUUCACAUCCCAGCUCUUAAUAACAGCCCACAGUUAAAGGAUUUCUUCAGGCAUCCAGACUCACUCCUCUUGCGAUGUCAUCCUGGAGGAGAUGUUACCGUGCAAUCAGACAUUACACAUUCAGCAGAUGCUCUUGCUUUGCCUCCACCUCUUACCCCAGAGCCAGUGCGAUCUUCAUCUUUUGAGUUUAAUGAAGACGUUUCUAAUGUUUUAGAAGAUACGAUGACAGGGAAUGUGACAGAGCAACCUGAGGAUACUGUGGGUGAUGAUGACUUCGAACACACUGUACAUUCUGCAGAACCUUCUCCAUUCGAUCUGUUAUUUGAUGUAACUGAUGAGCAAACUCUGACAGAAAAUGGUGAAGGAGUACAGACCAUGUCAACAGCUGCUUCCCAGCACCCACUGACCUCCAAUGAUCUAGCAAUGUUUGACCCCUGCUUUACAGAGGAUAAAGAACCGAACUCUGAAGAAUCAGGAACCGAUUUGAAUCUGCUGUCCCUGGGAUGUGAAGGUGGGGAGCUGGAUCCUGCCAGGACAUUUGAUAUAGAAGAAAGAGGGGCUUAUGUGUCACUGGCCACUGUGGAUGUUCAGAGAGCAAUGGAAAAGGAGUCAUCUGGAGAUUACCCAGAAGCAUUGAGGCUAUAUCGUAAUGCUGUGGAUACCUUACUCAGUGGAGUCAAAGAUGACCCUUGCACUGCUCGGCGUGAUGCUGUUGCACGGAGAACAUCUGAAUAUCUGCGUCAUGCAGAGAACAUUUUCCAACAGCACAUGAAGGCGAGCACAGAUUAACCUUCUGCCAAGCACAAUGAGAGAAAUUACCCGGUUCAAAAGAGACGUCUGUUCAAAUUAGCCUACUUUUAAUUCAGGGUGAAAGAAAGUGAUUCUGGGACAAUGCACAUUAAAACAUUCCUUUACAAGUGAAUCGUACUGUUCAGAACAGAAAGAAUUGAUGAUCAUGAAUUAAUUUUUCAUCUUCUAAAUGCACUUUACCGGUUUGCUAAAUGAAGCAUUCUGUCUUUAAAAGUAGAAUGAUAACUUUGUAUCAAUACAAGUCUGUGAGGUGAGUAAAUAUGACUGAGAGGGGAAGGUCUUCCACAUAGAAAAUCAAGACAAUGCAUUUGUGAUUGUUCAGCACAAACGAGAACUCUAGAGAACGGGAAUGGGAGUUUUUAGGCCAACAUGGAAAAAUAAAUGAGUUGGAUUUAUUUCCAAUUUUACUUCUCUGUCCAAAAUUGUAUGAUUCCAUGGCCCAUCUCCACAGUUCCUUGUAUUCUGAAUAAUCCAAUGGUUUUAUUUACUUAAAGUGUCUCUGUCACUUUCGGGGGGGAUCUUUGUAUAUUUAGCAAAAAUCUGUGAGGUGACAUCCUUGCUAGCUGAAUUAUACUUAUCUCAUGCUCUCCCUCACGGGCACUGCCAUCUAUUUAUUUUUUUUUAAUUUUUUUUUUUCAUCCCCCAGCAAUUAAUGCAGUAUAACACGGAGGUCAAUAGAGGAUCUCUCAAGACUAACUAAUUUGCUCAAGGAGGUCCCUGAUUCGCACAGUCAUAGCUUGCGAACAGCUGUGUAAAUUGACUAAACAUGACCGUAAAACCUCCACACUUUGUCAACCUCUGACUUUACCAUAAGACAAAGUAUUCACUAUUUUCCAAAAAGAGAGUAAACCGCGUCCAAGAUAUAUGUACAAAUGGUUAUACGUAUAUAGGUAUCCAGAUGUUGAAUACAAUGAACCUCAAAGAUAACAAAAUAAUAGUGCAAUACUGUAGGUAUAGCGUAUAUGUGGUGGAUAAAUAUGUGUCACUAACACUCACAUUUACACUCACACAAGCAAAUGCAGAAGAGAACUCCAAUGGUGAAGUAGGUACAGAUAGAUGUGUCAAAUUCGUAAGUACACUUGCAG